GCCAAAUGCUGCGGAGUUCUAGUGGUGGCCGAUUAAAUUUCAAGUGGUAGUGUUUUUGUUUUUUUUUUCUAUUUCAAUAAUUGGUAACAUGUUGCUUACAUGUGUUGUGAUAAUUUGCAGUCUUUCUUUACACGUGCAAGGAAAUAUCAUCUACACCGAAGCAAUAGAUAAUGAACUGGAUAGAAAUCAGACCGAAGAAUAUCACGUGGAAUACGUUCUUUUAGACAAACAUAACCCUUGUAAGCGAAACUGUAUUUUGGGAAGCCCACCCAUGAUCUGCAGAUACCAAUUCGAUGUUGAAUAUUACCAUACUUUGAGCAAGGCGUGUUUUGAUUGCCCUUAUAACAUAACGGACUGUUUUCGAAAAGACUGCAUACCAGGUGAUGGUACAAAAAGAGGAAUAGUCACCGUUAACAGAAAAAUACCAGGACCAGCAAUUGAGGUUUGUCAUAAUGAUACAAUCGUAGUGGAUGUUUAUAACAAAAUGACGAGCGAGGCAACAGCUAUCCACUGGCACGGGCAGCAUAUGAAAGCAACUCCUUAUAUGGAUGGGGUUCCUUAUAUUACUCAAUGUCCAAUUCUACCUGGAAACACUUUCAGAUAUACCUUUAAAGCUGACCAGCCCGGAACGCACUUUUGGCAUUCACAUAUAGGUAUGCAAAGGGCUGAUGGUUGCUAUGGUCCGUUGAUAGUGCAUGUACCAGAAGAAGAAGACCCGCAUAUUGGUUUGUACGACUAUGAUUUAACAAAUCACAUUAUGGUGAUUAUUGAUUGGGUAACUCAGCUUGGUAAUGAAGUAUUUUUAUCACAUCAUCACAAUGACGGAGAUAAUAAACCACCGACUUUGUUAAUAAAUGGAUUUGGUAGAUAUAAGGAGUUCGAAAAUGAAACUGGAGAUGGCGUUCCGUUUUUUAUGCCACCUGCUAGAUUUAAAGUUGAACAAGGUUACCGUUACCGAUUCAGAGUAAUAAAUGCUGGUUUUUUAAAUUGUCCCAUAGAGAUGACCGUAGACAAUCACACAAUAACCGUUAUUAGUUCGGAUGGAGCUGAUAUAAAACCAAAACAAGCAACUUCUUUGGUAACUUACGCAGGAGAAAGAUUUGAUUUUAUAUUAAACGCUGAUCAACCCAAGAAUGUUUAUUGGAUUAGAUUUAAAGGUCUCAUGGAUUGCGAUGAAAGGUUUACUAAAGCCUUUCAAGUAGCUGUUUUAGAAUACGAGAAUAAUGGUUUGGCAGCUGAUGCUACGCCUCUUGAAGAAGUUACAUAUGAAAACGCACAUGUCGAUGGUUUGCAAAUCAAUCCGCUGAAUAUUGGUACUGAAGGUAACGAUUCGUAUGUUGUAUUACCUCAACUCGAAUCGGUUGUACCAUGGGAUGAAACAUUAAAAGAAAUCCCCGAUUUCCAAUACCACAUCGCUUACGAUUUUUAUAAAUUGGAUAACAUAGAAUUUCACCGUCCUCCUUAUUAUGGGUUUUACACUGUUAAUAGCACAGAACAAAGAGUUCUAACUCCUCAGUUCAAUCACAUUUCCAUGACAAUGCCAUCUAUACCGUUAUUGCCACAACGGGAUCAGUUACCUGAUGAUGCAUUUUGUAACAAAGAAACCAUGAAGGACAGUAAUUGUACUGAUUCUCAUUGCCAAUGCCAGCAUGGAAUCCAGAUACCACUAGGAGCAGUAGCUGAAUUCAUAUUUAUCGAUGAAGGUGUAGCGUAUGACGCAAAUCAUCCUAUCCAUUUACACGGACAUGCUUUCCGCGUGGUUGCAAUGGAACGAAUUGGAGCGAACGUUACUGUUGAUAAAGUUAAACAGAGAGACGCCGAUGGACUUAUAAAGAGGAAUUUAAAGAGCGCUCCUUAUAAAGAUACUGUCACAGUACCUGACGGCGGUUAUACAAUCGUUAGAUUCAAAGCUGUGAAUCCAGGUUAUUGGUUUCUUCAUUGCCAUUUAGAAUUUCACGCUGAAAUCGGCAUGGCUCUGGUAGUUCAAGUAGGAAAUAAAAACGAGAUGUUGCCAGUUCCAAGAAACUUUCCGAAAUGUGGAAAUUAUUUACCUGAUCCUUCAGAUAAUGGUAGAAGUUUUGGAAUACGAUCUACGGGAUUAUUAAGCAAUUUAUCAACUGCUUUCAUCAUAAGUUUAUUGAUUAUUUCACUAGACAUAUGAUCCUAUUAGAACAGCUGACAAGAAAUAAUUUUUUAUCAAUUUAGAAAUAUUAAAAAAAAAUGAUUUCAUUCGGUAACUUCAAAGUGCUAUAUAUUUUUUUAAUGUUAAGUAAGUAGAGCUCAAUCUGUACGAUUAUUGUACAUAAUAUUUAUUAUAUAAGACUGAAUAGAAAAUAAGUUGUGUACAUGUGUCAAUUUGAAAAUAUUCCUUUAGUAGGUUUCAACAGAACGCGAUGCGUAAAAAGAAUGAGGUUAUUGAGGAUGUUAAAUUUUCAAAAUUACACUUUGUUCGGCAUUUUGGAUCCGACUUUUUUAAUUAAAAGGGUAAAAGGUUUGUCAUUAAAAUUAGUAUUGCGAAAAACGUGUGAAAUUCCGGAUUUAAAACUUAUAAAACAUUGUUAUUACUCGGAUUCCAGAAUUCUCAUUUAAUGUAAAUACAUUUGAAUACAUUGUUAUCUUAAAAUAAUGUUUGAAAGGGCAUUGAAAAUGUAUUAUGUCGAAUAUCAACAGAAAUUUGCUUUUAAGGGUGAAAUCUAACCAAGUGAUAAUAUGUGAUAAUUUAGUUUAUAAUAAUUACAAUAGAAUUUGAAUAAAAAAAUUAAGAAGACGAAAA